AUGGGACUUGAAGUACUAGGUUCAAUUUUGCACCAAUGUUCAAAAACAAAAUCAUUUAGACAUGGGUUUUCCCUCCAUGCUGUUGCUAUCAAAUUGGGUUUUGUAUCUAAUGUAAUUAUAUCUAAUCAUAUUUUAAACAUGUAUGCAAAAUGUGGCAAUAUCGAGUUUGCACGCCAAGUGUUUGAUAAAAUGCCUGAACGAAACCUCGUGACUUGGUCUGCUAUGAUUUCGGGUUAUGAUCAGGCUGGAAAGGGUAUAAAGGCGGUUGAGCUUUUCGCUAGAAUGAAAUUAGACCUGGCGAACGAGUUUGUGUUUGCUAGUGCUGUUAGUGCGUGUGCUAGUCUGGCGGCGGUUAAGUUGGGGAAAUGUAUUCAUGCGCAGGCGGUGGUUUGUGGGUUUUCUGAUGUUUCUUUUGUUUCUAACUCACUUGUGUCGAUGUACAUGAAAUGUGGACGGUGUAGUGAUGCAUUGUCGGUUUUUGUGACUUGUUCUGAACCGAAUGUGGUUGCGUAUAAUGCUAUAAUUACAGGGUUGGUUGAAAAUGGUCAAUUUGAGAAAGCGUAUGAGAUGUUUAGACUUAUGUGUCGACAAGGGCUUGUUCCAAAUCGGUUUAGUUUAGUUGGUAUUUUAGGAAAUUGUAUUACUCCGAAUGAUUUUUGGAUUGGGAUGGAACUGCAUUGUCUAGCCAUCAAGCUCAGUCUUGAUUGCUUAGCUUUUGUUGGCAAUGUGUUGAUUACAAUGUAUUCAAAGUUUGAUUUGAUUAAGGAAGCGGAUAACAUAUUUUGGUCCAUUGAGGAAAAAGAUAUGUUUUCAUGGAAUACAUUUAUGGCUGCGUGUUCUCAUGCCCUUGAUCAUGGCAAGUGUUUAAAGGUCUUUAGUGAGAUGCUGAAAACGUAUAGUGUAUCACCCGAUGACUUCACAUACACAAGUGCCCUUGCUGCGUGUUCUGGUCUUGCUUCUUCUCUUUUAGGCAGACAAAUUCAUGGUAAUUUAAUUAGAACGAGGUUAAACUAUGAUACUGGUGUCGCUAAUGCACUUGUGAACAUGUAUGCGAAAUGUGGUUCUAUAAAACACGCGGUUAAUGCUUUUAACCAGAUGAAUUUCCAUGAUCUUGUUUCAUGGAAUACCCUCAUGGCUGGAUUUGCAAAUCAUGGAUUAGGGAAACAAGCAAUUGAGUUAUUUGAUCAAAUGAGGGAAUUAGACAUCAAACCCGAUUCUAUCACAUUCAUUGCACUUCUAGCAGCUUUGAAUCAUACAGGACUAGUCGACGAGGGUAAAUUCUACUUUAAAGCUAUGCAGGAAACUUAUAGUAUUGCUCCCAACGUUGACCAUGUCUCUUGCAUAGUUGACUUAUUAGGCAGAUCCCGAAGGGUAAAAGAGGCUGAAGAGUACAUGGAAAGAUAUUCUUUUGAACAAGAUCCUGUUGUUCUCGGGUGCUUAUUAUCUGCCUGUCGUGUACACGGUGAUCUUGUCGUAGGAAAGCGUACCUCUGAACGUUUCUUGAAGAUUCAGAAAGUUUCUACGUCGCCUUAUGUAUUAUUAUCUAAUCUAUAUGCUUCAGAAAGUAUGUGGGACAGUGUAGCAGAUGCAAGAAAACAGUUAAAGGAUAGUUUAAUAAAGAAAGAGCCAGGACAUAGUUUAAUUGAAGUUAAAGGUAGUUUAGAGAAGUUCACUGUUGGCAGAAUUUCUCAUUCUAGAAUAGAAGAGAUUGUUGGUAUGCUUGAAGUUUUGAGCUUUACAGAAGGCGAACUCUUUUGGUGUUACUAAUAUUUUCUCAGUACAAAGGUAUGUUGUUAUGUCUAGUUCUCAUUCAUCGCUAACAUGUUACGAGUAUUAGUUAGAACUUAUAAUCCAGGCAUUACAUGUUUUAUGAUAAUAUAGUAGUAGCAUUUUCUAACAGAGACUUUCGACUACAAAAAACUUUCUGGGGAGCAUUACGAUAGCAAAGCUGUACCCUCUAGUUGUUUUUUACCGAUACUUAUCUCCGCAACGUGUAAUGAAAUAAAGGUUUUACA